AUGGCAUCAUCUUUCUUCUCUGAUUUUGGGCUCAUAUGGUAUCUAGAGGAGCUCAAUAAGAAGGAGUUCAAAAAAUUUAAGGAGCAUUUUAAGCAAGAGACUUUGAAACUUGAACUCAAGCAAAUAUCCUGGACCAAAGUGAAAAAAUCAUCCCGGGAAGACCUGGCCAACCUGCUUAUCCAGCAAUAUGAGGCCCAGCAAGCAUGGAAUUUGACAUUAAGGAUAUUUCACAGGCUGGGUAGGCAGGAUCUCUGUGAUAAGGUCCAGAGAGAGCGCACAGAACACAAAAAGAUCUAUAGAGCUUAUGUUAAGAAUAAGUUCAGCAGCCUUUACGCCAGCAAAUCCAUCACUGACUUUUUUGAAUGUUUUGGUGAGAACGUCAGACCAGAAGAACUCAAAUAUAUGCACCUCCUUUUUGCUGCCAAAGAAACUGGGCAGCGGUCACAUACCACGGUCUUGCAAGGAGCACAGGGCGUCGGGAAAACAACAUUUCUGAUGAAGCUGGUCCUGGGCUGGGCAGAGGGCAGCCUCUUUCAGGACAAAUUCCUCUAUGUGUUCUACUUCUGCUGCCGAGAACUCAGGCAGGUGAAGGAGACCAGCUUGGCCGAUCUGAUGUCCAGGAACUGGCCUUACCCUUCACCUGCUCCUAUCACAGAGAUCGUGACCCACCCAGAGAAACUCUUGUUCAUCAUCGAUAGCUUUGAAGAACUGAAAUGUGACUUGAGUGAACCCGAGUCAGACCUGUGCGGUGACUGGAUGAAGCAGCAGCCGGUCCGGGCGCUGCUGAGUGGUUUGCUGAGGAAGAAGAUGCUCCCGGAGGCCUCGCUGCUCGUGGCAGUGACGCCCGUGUGCCCGGCAGAGCUUCAGGCUCGGCUGGUGUGCCCAGAACUCAUAACGCUGUCUGGAUUCAGCGAGGGGGAAAUAGAGCUCUAUUUCCGCUCUUUAUUCCCAAGCAGGAAUAGAGCCGCGGAGGCGUUCCGUUCUGUAAGAGAGAAUGCACAGAUAUAUUCCCUGUGCCACGCCCCCCGCAUUUGCUGGGUUAUAGGCACCUGCAUGAAGCAAGCGGUGGAGAAAGGCAGAGAGCUGGCGCCCAUCUGCCGAUGUCUCACCUCUCUGUACGCCUCUUCCAUCUUGAACUUGUUCACCGACAAGGAUGCCAGUUGUCCAAGUCCACAGAGCCGGGUCCGGCUGAGAGGCCUGUGCUCCCUGGCUGUAGAGGGCAUGUGGACCGAUGUGUUUGAAUUUCAUGAUGAGGAUCUCAGGAGAAAUGGAAUAGCGGACUUGGAUGUCCCAGCAUUGCUGGAUACCAACAUUUUCCUGAAAUGCACAGAGAGCUCGUACACAUUCGCGCACAGGAGCAUCCAGGAGUUCUGUGCUGCCAUGUUCUACCUGCUGAGGCGCGACCAUCCCAACCCGGCCGUCAGAUCCAGAGAGACCCUCCUAGCUGCCCAUCUGAAGAAAGUAAAAAAAGCACGUUGGAUUCACUGGGGAAGUUUCCUAUUUGGCUUUUUAAAUGAAAAGGAACAAGAAAAGGUAGACAAAUUUUUUGGCUUCCAACCCUCCCAAGAGAUCAGGCAGCAAUUUCACCAGAUCCUGAAGAACUUAGAAGAAUGUGAAGGUCUGCGGGGGCAGACUGAUUUCUUGGCAUUGUUUUACUGUCUUUUCGAGAUGGAGGAUGCGGUCUUCGUGAAGGAGGCAGUGAACUUCCUCCAAGACAUUAACUUUUCUAUCAAUAAUGAGUUGGACCUGGAGGUUUGUGCCUACUGCUUAAAAUACUGCUCUGGCUUGAGGAGACUUUCGUUUUCAGUCCCAAAAGUCAUUGAGGAGGAUGGACGUGGCUGUAGGUCAAGUUGUAAUGUCGUUCAUUGGCAUCACAUUUUCUGUGUGUUCAUAACCAAUGAGCACCUCAAAGAAUUGGAAAUAAUAAACACUGACUUCUGCCAAUCUAGUUUGGAGAUUUUGUGCAAUCAGCUGAGAUUUCCCACCUGUCACCUUGAAAAGCUUCAGCUAAAUUGUGUUUCCUUUUCUGGUGGAAGUAGUGUUUUCUUUGAGGUGCUUUCUCACAGCCCAGACUUGAAAUAUUUGAACCUCCGCAAUGUAAAUCUUUCCUGCGAUGACAUGAAGAUACUCUGUAAAGUCUUGAGCUCGUCAAUGUGCAACAUAGAACAAUUAGUGUUGUCUGGCUGCUUUCUCAGGAAUCCUUCCUGGGACUUACUCCAUGCAGUUCUUAGUAAAAAAAGCCUGUGCUCUCUGGACCUCAGCACAAGCAGCCUAUACAACAAAGGACUGAAAGUUCUCUGUGCAGCCCUGAGACACCCAGACUGCUGCCUCCAGUCACUGGGUUUGGCCAAUUGUUCUUUCACUGCUGCGGGCUGUCAAGACCUUGCCUCAGUUCUUACCAGCAAUCAAAAGCUGACAAGUCUGCAGAUUGGGCUCAACAAGAUAGGAGACGUGGGUGUGAAGGUGCUGUGUGACGCUCUGACGCAUCCCAACUGCCACCUGGAGAUUCUUGGGUUGAAGGAUUGUGGGUUGACCAGUGCCUGCUGCAGGGACCUCUAUUCCGCUCUCACCAACAGUAGGACCCUACGGGUGCUGGACCUGACCCUGAACACCUUGGACCACAGAGGAGUGGCUGUGCUCUGUGAGGCCCUGAAAUACACAGCGUGUCCCCUGUGGUUUCUUGGGCUGCCAAAAACUAGAGUUGAUGAGGAAACCCAGAUGCUUCUGACAGCCGUGGAAGAGAGAAAUCCGCACUUGACAGUUCAUAGGCAUUUAGUGAAGCCGAGACGGGACCACAGCGAAUUUCCCCCUUUUUCUGCUAACAGUGUGCCCUACUUCUUUUUGAAAACUAUUCCCCUUCCUAACUCUGCCAGCAGUGGGCAGAUUGUGGAAAUUAGGUCAUCCACGGCCCGUUAA